GCCGCAAAACUGCGAGAGAGAACGGCGAUUGAAGGGAAUAGCACUAGCGGAGCGGCGGUGGCGUCGGCCAUCUUAGAACUAUCGCGGUUAACGAAAUACAUCCUCUGGAUUCUUUUCUUGAGAGAAACAUUUUAUUAAAACGACAAGGAUUGAAAGGGAGGUUUUUGUUUUUAAGUGUUCGAAUUCGAAAUCAGGAUGCUUUUCCGAGGGAAUAAACAAUUUGCAUCCGUUGUCGGAGUAGUCCUCGGACUAUUAUGUGCGGUGGAGGCAGCCAAAGUUAAUAAGCACAAACCAUGGAUCGAUACAACGUACCACGGGAUCGUCACAGAAAACGACGACAAAGUUCUCCUGGAUCCUCCCCUCAUCGCCCUGGAUAAGGAUGCACCUCUACGCUACGCAGAAAGUUUUGAGGUGACCUUCACCAAAGAAGGUGAGAUCUGCGGCUUCAGGAUCCACGGGCAGAACGUUCCCUUCGAGGCCGUGGUUCUGGACAAGUCCACAGGGGAGGGCGUGAUCCGGGCCAAGGAAAAGCUGGACUGUGAGCUGCAGAAAGACCACACCUUCACCAUCCAGGCCUACGACUGUGGGGAGGGCCCAGACGGCGCCAACAUGAAGAAAUCACACAAGGCCACCGUCCACAUCCAGGUGAACGACGUGAACGAGUAUUCCCCCGUGUUCAAGGACAAGUCCUACAAGGCCACCGUCAUCGAGGGCAAGAAGUACGACAGCAUCCUGAAGGUGGAGGCUGUGGACGCCGACUGCUCCUUCCAGUUCAGCCAGAUCUGCAACUACGAGAUCGUUACCCCUGACGUGCCCUUCACCAUCGACAAGGAGGGCUACAUCAAGAACACGGAAAAGCUGAACUACAGCAAGGAGCGCAUGUACAAGCUGACCGUGACCGCGUACGACUGCGGCAAGAACCGUGCGUCAGAAGACGUCCUUGUCAAGAUCAGCAUCAAGCCCACCUGCAAGCCGGGCUGGCAGGGAUUCAACAAGAGGAUUGAGUAUGAGCCUGGCACCGGCAGCCUGGCUCUCUUCCCCAGCAUGCAUGUGGAGACCUGCGAUGAGCCAAUCACCUCCAUCCAGGCCAUCAUCGAGCUGGAGACCAAUCACAUCGGCAAGGGCUGCGACAGAGACACAUACUCUGAGAAGUCUCUUCACAAGCUGUGUGGUGCCAGCGGCGGCACUGUGGAGCUCCUUCCCGCCCCCAGCAGCUCAGCCAACUGGACGGUGGGCCUGCCCACGGACAACGGCCACGACAGCGACCAGGUGUUUGAGUUCAAUGGGACGCAGGCCGUCAGGGUGCCAGAGGGCGUGGUGAGCAGCUCCCUGAAGGAGCCCUUCACCGUGUCUGUCUGGGUGAGGCACGGCCCCGGUGCCCACGACAAGGAGACCAUCCUCUGCAACUCUGACAAGACAGAGAUGAACAGGCACCACUACUCUCUCUACGUGCACAACUGUCGCCUCAUCCUGCUCCUCCGCCAGGACCCCACCGAGUCUGAGAACUACAAACCAGCCGAGUUCCACUGGAAACUGGACCAGGUGUGUGAUAAAGAGUGGCAUCACUACGUUCUCAACGUGGACUUCCCCUCCGUGUCUCUGUUUGUGGACGGCACCACCUUCGAGCCCUUCCUGGUGACGGAGGACUACCCCUUGCACUCGUCCAAGAUCAGCACGCAGCUCACCAUCGGGGCGUGCUGGCAAGACUUCUCAGGACAUGACAACGGCUCUGAUGCCAGCCCUGAGCCUCAGACAGGUGGCAGUGCUCGUAUGUCCCAGUUCUUCCGGGGGAACCUGGCCGGUCUGAUGAUCCGCUCUGGGAAGCUGGAGAACAAGAAGGUGAUCGACUGCCUGUACACCUGCAAGGAGGGUCUGGACGUGCAGCUACCAGAGGAGGUGGCCUCUGCAGUCAAGGUGGAGUUCAACCCCAACCAGUCGUCCCUGACCGUGGAGGGAAGCGACUUCGAGGCCUUCGACAAGGUCAUGCAGCACGUGUCCUACCUGAACUCCAGACAGUUCCCCACCCCGGGAAUCAGACACCUCCGCAUCUCCACCACCUUCAAGUGCUUCAACGAGGAGGUGUGCAUCUCUGUGCCGGAGGCGGAGGGAUACGUCAUGGUGCUGCAGCCCGAGGAGCCGAAGAUCAGCCUGAGCGGCAUCGAUCACUUCGCCCGCGGCGCCGCUGAGUUCGAGAGCCCAGAGGGGGUGACGCUGUUCCCAGAGCUGCGCAUCGUCAGCACCAUCACCCGCGAGGUGGAGGCAGAGGCCGAGGCCACCGAGGGGCCCGAGGACGACCCCACCGUCCAGGAGACGGUGGUGUCAGAGGAGAUCAUGCACAACCUGGACACGUGCGAGGUGUCGGCUCUGGGAGACGAGCUGGACAGCGAGCACGAGAGCCUGGAUGUGGACCUGGGGCAGGUCCAGCAGCGCGGCCUGGAGAUGACCUCCUCCAACCUGGGUCUCGUCAUCACAGGUGUCAACACCAUGGCUAACUACGAGCAGGUGCUGCAUCUGAUCCGCUACAAGAACUGGCACACGGAGGCUCUGUUCGACAGGAAGUUCAAGCUGGUCUGCUCCGAGCUCAACGGACGCUACAUCAGCAACGACUUCAAGGUGGAGGUGAACGUGAUCCACACAGCCAACCCCAUGGACCACGCCAACAACGCCAUGGUUCAGCCCCAGUUCAUCAACCCUGUCCACCACUCCUCCGUAGAUCUGUCUGGGCACAACCUGGUCAACGCCCAUCACGCCUCCGUGGUCCCCAGCGCUGCCACCGUCGUCAUCGUGGUGUGUGUGAGCUUCCUUGUCUUCAUGAUCAUCCUGGGCGUGUUCCGCAUCCGAGCCGCUCACCAGCGCACCAUGGGCGACCAAGAGAACGGCAAGGAGAACGAGAUGGACUGGGACGACUCUGCUCUCACCAUCACAGUCAACCCCAUGGAGACUUACGAGGACCAGCACAGCAGCGAGGAGGAGGAGGAAGAGGAGGAGGAGAGCGAGGAUGGCGAGGAGGAAGAUGACAUCACCAGCGCUGAGUCGGAGAGCAGUGAAGAUGAGGAGGGUGCAGAGCCGGAGGACCAGCAGGGGGCAAGCAGACAGCAGCAGCUGGAGUGGGACGACUCCACACUCACCUACUAGGACACACACACACACACACUCACCUACUAGGACACACACACACACUCACCUACUAGGACACACACACACACUCACCUACUAGGACACACACACACACUCACCUACUAGGACACACACUCACCUACUAGGACACACACUCACACACGCUCAUCCACACUCACCUACUAUGAAACACACACACACACUCACCUACUAGGACACACACACACACUCACCUACUAGGACACACACUCACCUACUAGGACACACACUCCUACACCAAGUCUGCUUUCUCACUAUGCCCUAACACAGCAGAUCACACACUCUUACCAAUGUCUUUCCAAGGAGCCAUGAUGUCCAAAAAAGGAAAAAAGAAAAACAAAUCUAUGAAUAUGGUCAAGAUUUUCCUGUUGUCAGCUUAGUGAUGGUACACAGUGUAGUAUAAUACGCACCAAACUGGGUCACAGACUUUUACUGUCUUACUUUUUAUUUAUUCUGUUUUAUUCCCGGGAAAACUUAUGUUUUCCCGGGAAUGUUUGCAUUUCUUUUUAUGUUUGCAUUUCUUUUGAACUUUGCGAGGAUUCAACCUUGCUCUUUGUCGUCUUCUAAAAUGUGAGGCUUUCAAAUGGAGAAGGGGUUUUUAAUUGUUUACUCCUUGCACAAUCGGUUCUAGGUUUGUUUACCGUCAAAAGAAGAGAAGCUUUGACUUGGGGUUUUCUUUGUGUGCUUGAGUUGCAGUUUGGAACGAAACGAUGCUUCAAACACGUAGACACAUCUAGUUUAUUUUUUUCUCCUUUAGUGCAUGAGGAUAUUUGGGAAAAAAAGUCUUAUCUGUUGAGGAAUAAAUUGCUUUUUAAGAUUUUGUAAAUAUACAGAAACCAUGUAAUUAGUCUUGUGAUUAGUGAUGGCCUAAACAAAAGGGUCCAAUAUCUAAAAUGGCGCCGUACGUAAUGUAGAAUAUUUGUGUCACAAAAGCUUAUAGCAUGUUGCAAAAUUUGGCUAAGCUCCACCGUCAUGCUUGUACAGAGUGUCUGCUUCCAGAAGAGAACCCCAGGACUGCACACCCAUGUUUCUAAGUGCUGUCCAUUUUCUUCUCUCUUUCUCACAAGAAGAAAGUUGUUUGUUUUUUGAGGCAGGACUGGGUGAUGAUUUUGCUUUCCACAUGCUUGGCUUGGCUUGCACAGGUGGCAAUGCUGUACUCAAGACGUCAAUAUGUUUCAUUCCCUAUAUAGUUGUACAGAUUGAUGGGGUUAUUUUUUCUUUUUUUCUUCAGAGGAAUCACAGAGCGUCACAGUCAGACUGCUGAACAUGGAUUUGUUUAUUUUUUGUUUGUAAAGGUACUAGGAGCAGGCAAGAUGGUGUUUAGACUAAACUCUCAGUAUUGGUACUAAUAUUUCUUCUAACUCAUUUAAAUCAGUAAAUAUGAUAUUUGUCUGUAGCUUCUUCCAUAUUUCAAUCUUGCUGUGACGUUUGUAAUUUGAAUCUGACAGUUCUACAGAAGCAGUUUGUUUUUGUGUUAACUGACGUUCUUUGGGAGAGUCAUGAAACGCAGGAGUUUCAUUGCUUCAUUGCAAAAAAAUAUUUUUAAAGGACUUUUUUUUUUCAUGGUGUGACAAUUGAACCUGAAAUAAUAUAUUAGAUGUAUUUUUAAAGGGGUGUCUCAUCGUAGAGCAAUUCCAGUCGCUCUCUUACUGUCAAUUAUACUGUUUGAAUUAGACAAAUAAUCUUAAAUCAACUUAAUCUUGAAUCAGUACAGGAAGUGGCUGGAGCUAUGAUAGGAUAACCUUUUGAAAAUGUAUCUUUUUCCGUUCUCGUUUGAAAUGAAAUAUUUUUUGCAGUAGACCACUAGAUUUUAUUGUACAUUUGGAACUGUACUGUAGAGUUGUUCUAAGAUAUUUGUUUACAUUUGGUAAACUUGUUUUCCUUCUGAUAUUAGUAUAAAACUUAUACAAUUAAUUGGAAAGACGUGUCAGAUGUUAACCUUUAGUCUCAGAACAGCUGUUGUUUAUCACUGUUGUAUAGCUUUUCAAUCCCAUACAGUAGAGGACUUCAACCCCUCAAACAGUCAUUCCUCUAAUACAUUCAGUAUCCAAGUUAAAUAUGUAUGUCCUGCACUCCCAUUAGGGGGUAGGAGGGGGAAUUUCAAUCAGCAUGAGACAGUUGGACCUAACGCUGGGAAAUGAUGGUUUGAUUGAUAGGUUGUCUGUAAGAUAUCUUAUAUUUUGCAUGUUCAUCUAUUUUUAGAGGCCAAAACCAGGUGGCUCGUUUUAACAGAAAUAUUGACAUUUUGCAAGUUCCACAAAGGGUCCUUAUUAUUAGAGACAGCACCAAGGUCAUAUUCGAGAGGGUUUCUUUGAGCAAACCACAAGUCGCUCUGUGUCAGUUCGGUUCGGACUUGUUUAUUUUUUUGGGUCAACGGUGAAAAGGAGGUGAACAGUCUCCCCUUCAUGACGACUUGGGCCCGUUGAGGGCUCCAGGUUUGAGACAGCCCAGUUGGGAGUGCCUUUGCCAAUCACAGCACAUUAACAAACACAACUAACAAACGAAACAAAAACAAACAACAAAAAACACGACGUUUUUUUUUUUUUUUUUUUUUUGUAAUUUAAUGCUAGGUUUCUUACAAAGCUGGGGAUGUGAUUUUAUUUUGUUGUAACAAUAGUCCACUGCUAGUUUUAUUAAAAAGUGAACGUUUUACAUAGGUGUCAUGUGUCCAUGUUGAUGUGUAGAAAAUGUAGAUCCAUAUUGUAUCUUCUAUAGAUAUUGUACUAAAUCAUAUUGACAAAAUCCACUUCUAAAAAGAUGUACAUUAUUCAAAUGCUCUAGGCAGCAUAUGUGGGUAUAAAUUGACCUAUUUGUGUAAAGUGGAAGGUAAUUUCGAGAUGUGUACUAUUGCCUGGAUUGCUGAAGUUUAGGGCAGCAUGAAAUUCACCAAAACCUGAGUAUAAUCCCUAAUCCCCGCAGAUUUCUCACAGUUCAUUGUCACAGGUCAUUGUCAAAUCAGUUUUAUCUCCUCAUUUCACCCCCCCCCUCCUCCCUUUUUACAAAAAAAUAAGGUAAAAGUACAAAGCAAAUGCUAUUUAAUGUAAACGAUCUAAAUCAGAGUUGUAAUUCUGACACUUAUGUUCUGGAUUAUAUAUUCUCCCUCGGAUAGCCUCCUCUGCAUCAAAUUGAAUGUCACUGCCCUGUAAAUUGUGGAUCUGAAAUGCCCAUCUGUGACACAAGGGACUUGUCCUUUUGUAUGAAUCGCUUCGACAGAGGGCGGUCGGUGUUUCAAGGUGAGGUUGAGGGUCGCGGGUACAGGAGACAACACACUGCAUACUACUGAGUCUCUGAAUGUCCACACCACUCAAAACGUGUUUGUUUUUUUCUCUUUGCUCUGAUAAGGAAUAAGUGAUGAUUUCAGAACUGUUGAACAAUUCCUUUGUGCUUGUUGGGGUUGCUUUCACUUUUCUACCGAUUGGCAGGCGAAUUGUAGUGAAGGUGACGCUCGCUCAUGAAACAAAAUAAAGGACAAAGAGAUGGGUACAAAUGUU